GUUCCGUAUGAUUGUUCGGCGUGCUCGUUCAUGUACUUUAGCGCGCAAGGCUGGUCCAGUCUUGAAUGCGACUCUAGGGAGUUUUCUUGGCUACUUUUGCUCUUUCACCAAACAAAAGCAAUCCUAAUGGCAGAGUGGACCACUUACUACCAAAACGAGGAUGAGGAUGAGGAGCAGGAGGAAGGAGAGCAAGCUGGAGGAAACUACAGAAUCACAGGGAGAGACAGUUUGGUCUUCUUGGUUGAUGCCUCUAAGGAAAUGUUCAUCAAAGGAGAAGAUGGACAGCCCUCCAACUUUGACAUGACCAUGCAGGUCGUGUCCAGUGUGUACACCAGUAAGAUCAUCAGUAGCCACAGGGACCUGGUGGCUCUGGUUUUCUACGGCACAGAGCAGAGCAAAAACCCCAGGAACUCAUUCAAGCACGUGUAUGUGUACCAUAGCCUUGAUGAACCAGGUGCAAAACGAGUGCAGGAAGUGGAGGCUAUGCGUGGGGAAAAGGGUGCCAAGCUAGCAGCAGAGACCAUAGGCAGUGGGGAGACAUCGUUAGGCGAUGCCCUGUGGUGCUGCGCCAACCUCUAUAGCGACAUCAAGCUUCGCCUUUCACAUAAGCGGCUCAUGAUCUUUACUUGCAGAGACGAACCACACGGGGGUGACAGUGCAAAGGACCGACAGGCUCGCACCAAGGCUGGUGACCUCAAAGACACCAGUGUUGUUAUAGAUUUGAUGCACCUGAUGAAACCAGGCGGCUUCGAUGUCUCUCUGUUUUUUUGUGACAUUAUAAGUCCGCCAGAGGAUGAGAGUGAGCUGGGGCUGCAGCUGGAACCUUGUAACAAACUGGAUGAUCUCAAGAAGAGGGUGCGAGUCAAGGAGCAGAAAAAGAGAACCUUAGCUAGGUUAAACCUUAGACUUGGUGAGGGCAUAAAUGUAGCGGUGGGAAUUUAUGCAACUGCUGUAACAGCCCGAAAACCCGGACCCAUCAAACUUUACAGGGAAACCAAUGAGCCAGUCCGCAGCAAAACCCGCACCUUCCACACCCAGACUGGCAGCCUGCUACUCCCCAGUGAGAUAAAGAAAGCCCAGGUGUAUGGUAAAAAGCAGAUAGUGAUGGAGAAGGACGAGGUGGACGCCAUCAAGAAGUUUGAUGAUCCUGGCCUAUAUCUGAUGGGAUUCAAACCUAUGGAGAAGCUCAAACUGCACCACCAUAUCCGGCCCUCUGUCUUCCUGUAUCCUGAAGAGGACGAGGUGCAAGGCAGCGCAUGUCUGUUCUCUGCCUUGUUGACGAAGUGUAGCGAGAAGAACGUGUUCGCUGUGUGCCGUUGCAUCCCCCGCCGAAACUACCCUCCUCGAUUUGUUGCUCUAGUACCUCAGAAAGAGGAGACAGAUGAAGGGAAAGUACAGAUUACCCCACCAGGUUUCAAUGUUAUCUAUCUGCCGUACGCUGACGACAUACGGACUCUGGAUCCUCCCCGGUGCCCGUCUGCCUCACAAACACAGGUGGACAAGAUGAAGGAGAUUGUCUCCAAGCUCCGCUUCACAUACAGGAGUGAUGCUUUUGAGAACCCAGUCAUCCAGCAGCAUUACAGGAACCUGGAGGCUUUGGCUCUGGAUAUGAUGGCCCCAGAAGACACACAGGACCUCAUCAUGCCAAAGGUGGACGAGAUUGACAAGCGUCUUGGUCCUCUGGUCCAGGAUUUUAAAGAUCUGGUCUACCCUGCAGGCUACACUACAGAGAACAAGCCAGCUGCCAAACGCAAAACAGCGGAUAUUGGAGCUGGAGCUGAGAAAAAGCCCAAAGUGGAGGUACCAGAGGAUGAGCUGAGGGCCCAUAUGCAGAACGGCACCCUGGGAAAGCUGACCGUGCCCGUGCUGAAGGAGGCCUGUAAGCAGUUUGGGGUUCGGACCACUGGGACCAAGAAACAGGAGCUGAUAGAUGCUCUGAUUGCCCGCCUGGCCUCAUGAAGAGUGAGAUAUCUGACUCUGUGUGCCUUCAGGAGCAGGCAUACGGGUUUCAGAUCAGUAUGCCUGCUGAUUCCAAAUGUAGAAAUGCCUCACAAAUCAUAUUCUGGUUAAAAAAAUUGGACAGACCUGCCACUGUGUUAGCAACAAUACAAGUUUCCUGUUCUGCUUGACAAGAUUAGACAUGUUGAAAGGCAGCAUAGUGUGCUGACAUUUGCAGUUCUUAUCAGUCCCACAUUACGUAAAUAAUGUCUAAAUG